GACACCCGAUACCUCCCGAUUGGACAGAGCACAGCUCUCGGAGCCCUGCGAUUGGCCAGAGCUCGCCCCUAUAAAAAGGAGCAGCAUUAUCUAGUGUGUAAGGAUUUCGGCUUGGGUCCUGACGAAGAUGAUGAAGACCCUCCUGCUCCUCGCUCUCAGCCUCUCUGCUCAGGCUCUGAGCCUAGGCAACUCCCUGGACUCCUGUGAGGGGCGCUGUGGCUACGGCACAGAUUCCUCCUCCUCCUGCCAGUGCAACCCUGCCUGCCAGCGUUUCGGGGACUGCUGCGCAGACUACCAGAGCGUGUGCACGGGGGCCUCCUCUGCGCUCCCUAUCACGGACGCGGAGCUGCUGUCUGUGGCCGAGCUGCUCUUCGCUCUGGAUGAGAACAAGGCUUCUCCGGCCCUGCUGGUCAUCAGCCCCCAGGCGCUGGUGUCCAGCUCGCAGACCAACACCCAGCAGGACCUGUCUCCUGGCCCAUGGCCUGUCUGUCUGUCUGAAGGGGAGAUUAAGAAGGGGAAGGUCUCCGGGUUCCACAACUGGGUCCAGUUCUACCUCCUGGAGAAAGAGGGGCUGCUCAACUACUACAGCCACAACUUUGACGGACCCUGGACAGGGUACCCCGAUGUGCUGGGCAUGCAGUUUAACUGGGACGGCUACUUCAAGCAGGUGGGUUCUGCCCUGAUUGGCAGCAGCCCGGAGUUCGACUUGGCCCUCUACACGCUGUGCUACAUCGCGCGACCGGGCAAGCAGUGAGUCUCUUGUCCGCCCGCCCUCCUGCCUGCCCGAUGCGGUCAAUCGUUCGUGUGAAAGAAACGGGGGUCUCCAGCCCUGACCCCUGAGAGCUGGUGUAGUGAGGGAACCAUAAGAUCACCUGCCACCAAAGGUCUUUGCUGC